CGACAUUUUGUUUCUCAUCGUACGGAGCAACGUCGUUGUCUUUCUCUGCGAACGUUUUCGGGCGAUUUCCAGCGCCUCGCGGAAAUUUGAAUCGGAUUUUUCGGACACUUCGAGUGCCACCGGAAGUAAGUCAAGGUGUGAAUUGGCGGUACUGUAAUUCCCGGGAGCAUAAAAGUUAUCGGAAGGAAUAAUCGCAGUUAGAAUUUCUGGGUGGAUUUUUUUUCCUCUGCUCUACGGCUGCGGAUAUUUUUUUUUUUGCUGGUGCUACGUUGGAAGUUGGAGUGAGAGGGCAAACCGAGGUUCCCUUUAGGGCGAAACGAGACACAACUAAGGGGUCGUGUAAAAUGGAAUAAUCGGCCCGUGGUCCAGCGGAAGUAAAAGAAAGGCAAUUUUCAAUCCGAUCCUUCCCUGGCGGAAGCGAAAGUUUCAGAAGAUUACAAUACCCUACACACAUAGCAUAUUAAAAGAGAACGCAGUUUUUGGAGAAAAAACGUCGCCUUUCGGAUAGCUCGGAACAACAACAGCAGGAACCGACCCAGCCAGAACAGACACAAUAAUGGGCACUCGUGAUGAUGAAUAUGAUUAUUUAUUCAAAGUGGUACUGAUAGGGGACUCUGGUGUCGGCAAAAGUAAUCUACUAUCAAGAUUCACUAGGAACGAAUUCAAUUUGGAAUCGAAGUCAACAAUAGGAGUAGAAUUUGCCACUAGAAGUAUAGAGGUCGAUGGUAAAACAAUCAAAGCCCAGAUAUGGGACACGGCCGGUCAGGAACGCUACCGGGCCAUCACGUCUGCCUACUACCGGGGUGCCGUCGGGGCCCUGCUCGUGUACGACAUUGCCAAGCACCUUACCUACGAGAACGUGGAACGGUGGCUGCGUGAGCUGCGCGACCACGCCGAUCAGAACAUCGUCAUCAUGCUGGUCGGCAACAAGAGCGAUCUGCGGCAUCUCCGCGCGGUGCCGACGGACGAGGCGAAGGGAUUCGCCGAACGGAACGGCCUCAGCUUCAUCGAAACGUCGGCCCUCGAUUCGACCAAUGUUGAAACUGCAUUCCAAAACAUACUCACAGAAAUCUACCGGAUUGUUUCGCAGAAGCAAAUCCGAGACCCGCCCGAAGGCAGUGUGAUCAGACCGAACCUGGAAAACAUCGAAGUCAAGCCGACCAACCCGGGUGCGGAAUCGGUGGGCAAACAGUGUUGCCAGUGACCGCCACAAGCAGACCAGAUCGAGAAGAUAAAGAAGAUGACGCAGCGUUCCGUUCUUUCAACUGCUAUCUCACCAACAGCAGCAAAAACAUCAGCAACAACAGCAGCAAAACAGCAACAUUGUUCACUGCUACUGCAUGUAAUUCAACUACUAUUAUUACUACUACAACUACUAGUACCACGAAAUAUUAAAAUCUACUAUUCCAGCUAUCAUAAUUAUGAUUAUUCUUGCUGCUGCAGUUCGGCAUUUCUAGCAGUGAAAAGGUGGCAGUACUUUCUCUCGAUAGUGAUAAUAGUUUCGGUAUUGUGCUUUCAAUCUUAAAUGGAAAACCAUAAAAAAAACCCAAAACCCCAGGAGGUUGAAAAAGAAAUGUUACACCUACUACCAAAAUAAUCAGAAACAAAAACACAGAUCAAAUAUGUAUAGGCUAAUCGAGAAAAGAAUUGAAACAUAAGAACACUACUAUUCUUAACCCUCCCUUAGCCACAGAUUAAAUUGCAACCCUAAACAAAAAUCUUGUGAAAACAUAAACUACGAAAACCAACAAAUAUUUGAAUCACAUACUUUUCAGCUGAACCUAGAUGUCAAAAUUUCGAUUCCAGGAAGGGCUAAUACCUUAUCAUAGUUGUUGUUUGGAGAAACAUGAACAGUGGUAAUAAUUAUCCGUUCAAUCUUUGUACCUUUUUUAUUUUUGGCGGCGAUCGGCAAAUCGGCAAUAGUUCGAAUAGUAUGUUCUGCUCCCGAACGGAAAUGUUCACAGUAUCGAUGUUAUUCACCAACAAAAUCACAGAAAAAAAACGCUUCAUGCACCCGUUCCCAGAAACCAUAGACGUUUACACAUAAACAUUUCCCGGAGAAAGAUAAUCACGAGUGUUGAAAGCAGAAUCAUGAAAAGUUUCAAUCACCGUUUUUUGAAGAUGGACAUUUCAGUUGUUGAAUCGAACAAGCCUUUAGACAUUAUUUCUUUUCAGUGUAGUCUGAUAAGUUAUUCAUUAAUGUGCAUAUACGACACGCUUUAUUUAAGGUUUGACUUUCGUCCUAUUUGUUCUGUCAUUAUUAGUAUUUGAAGUGGGACAGACGAAUAUAAGACAAAAGUAUUCCACAGAUGAUGUAUUUUUUUCCCUUUAGUUCCAAUUGACUACACUGCAACAAUUAACUUUUGAAACACCUCUCUGCUUGCCCAUUGUUUCGCUGAGUUCAUCAACAUUUGACUAGCUAGGGCUAGGAGGCUGCAGAGAACGUAACAGAAGGUGCUGAAUUCUUGAAACAACAGCAACCCAACUAGGCAGGCAAACUUAUUUUAAGAAAGUGGACAAACCUACCAAAAGCUAAAAUGCGUUUGCAAGUAUGGCUUCGUACACAAACUAAGCAUAGUUGCGACCUGCAAAAAUCAACGGAAUUAGCAAACGCGAAUGAGAUACGUAGGCAUAAGUCAGUGAUAUGCUGGGAAAGUGAAGAACAACUAAGUAACGUUUUAAGUCAGCUUUGAUCAACAGAAGUUAGCAUUAACCAUAGCAGAUUGCUGCAACGGAUCAUCAAAUAAAAUGCUAAGGAAAGUUGAAAAGUGUUGGGACGGUGUUUCAAUUAUUCCACCUUUUCGUCUUUCCGAAAAUGUCCCUACUUACAUUUCAAAUAAGGUCUAGUUCGUUCAUUUCGAGCUGUUUGCUUAUUUGCUGAGCUAUUUCUGUUUUCGAUUGAAAAUGUCUCGUGGUACUAUCAUCUGCUUAGAUCCUUUUUUUUGUUUUAUCAGCAACUGUAACAUGUUACGCUAUUUUCAAAACCUUAUUUUCCAUUUAGUUAUGUAUAUUUGCAAUGUUUCUGUGGUGCCAGCAGCAGCAUGAUGCAAACAAAGAAUCACGCGCUUCUAGUUUGUAGAAAAUAAACGCGGAUAUGCAGAGAAGAGAAUGAUAGCAGAAGAAUAAAGUGCAGCAGCUGUUUGCAAUUUAUUAGGAUAAGCAGCAAAAGGGGCGCGAGCGAACGAGCGAGCGACCGAACUGGAAGAAACAAACAAAACAGAUUAAAAAGACGCAGAGAGAAGAUGGCAAAACGUGCGCGGUGUUACGGACUGGUAAUUAUUUAUAUAGCAAAAAGUGGUAACAUAGAAAAUAAUUAAAAAAGGUAACAAACACAUUCGAAACAAAGCAACAAAAAAUGGUAUAAAUUAAACAAGAAAUCGAUGGAAAAAUUCAUAGAUAAAAAAGAAAACAUAGAAAUGUUGGCGGAAAUAAACUAAUGAUAAAAAAUUAACGAAAAAAAAUUGAGAAAAAAAUUGCACCAAUUUUAUGUUAAAUUAUGAUUGAUUUGAAAAAUUACUACUAUUAACUAUUAUAUACUAUUAAACAAUAUACUCUAUUAUUACAAACAAAAA